AUGACUAUCAUAUUUAAAAUUGUUGUAAAGAGGCAAAUAGACGUAGGCCUCCAGCAGGUAUCUUUUCGGUUGGUAUCGUCCAGUGAUGUGAAAGGUGGUGGUAAUUUGAAUAUUAUACCAUCAAGAAGGCCAUUAAGACCAUCGAAUAUCUUCUGUGAACAAGCGAUAGAUCAAUCUCAUAAUAAUUUGAAUAUAAAAGAUAUAAAAGGACAUAUUUUGGAAAUCGCUUGGGGAAGUGCUGGACCCAAGUCUAAAGUGCAAGCUGAAACUUUUCAAAUAUUGUUCUUUCCCGCUUGA